AUGGCUGCGCAAAAACUUGCUCUAAAAACCAUCGACUGGGUAGCUUUUGGGGAGAUCAUACCCCGAAACCAGAAGGCCAUUGCUAACUCCCUGAAAUCCUGGAAUGAGACACUUACCUCCAGAUUGGCUACUCUCCCUGAGAAACCACCUGCUAUUGACUGGGCUUACUACAAGGCCAAUGUGGCAAAGGCUGGUUUGGUAGAUGACUUUGAGAAGAAGUUUAAUGCCCUGAAGGUUCCUGUGCCAGAGGAUAAAUAUACUGUUCAGGUGGAUGCUGAAGAAAAAGAAGAUGUGAAAAGUUGUGCCAAGUUUUUGUCUCUCUCAAAGGCCAGGAUUGAGGAAUAUGAAAAAGAGCUGGAGAAGAUAAGGAACAUAAUUCCAUUUGAUCAGAUGACCACUGAGGACCUGAAUGAAGUCUUCCCAGAAACCAGAUUAGACAAGAAGUAUCCCUAUUGGCCUCACAAGCCAAUUGAGAAUUUAUAA